CUUGCUUCCUUGAUUGCGUUUGCAUGUCCUCUCUCUCCUCCAAUUUUCCCCAUUCCUCUCUCUCUCUCUCCCUUAGGAUAAGAAUCCAGGAUUGCGCUUCUGUUUUGCAACAAUUUUCUCAACACAAUCUCAGACUUCUUCUGAAAUUCUACUCUCUCUCUCUCUCUCAAUCUCAAUCUCAUGGCUGUUGAAGCUCGCCAUCUGAAUCUCUUCCAUCCUCAACUAAUAGGAGGAAACAGAGAAUUGAUGAAUCCUAUUGAAGGAGAUGCUAAUUUGUAUAACAGUCAGAUGGGAUAUGGAGUUCCAUUAGUAUCAGGAACAACAACUACAGAGACUCUUCUUCCGGCUUACAAUUCUGUGAUCGUUGAUUCCUCUGUUUCCCCCAAAACUGCUGCACCGUCUGCGGCUAUCAAAUCCGAUAGCGGCCUUACCUUUAACUACAACAGCAACCUCUCUAUCCCAAGAAAGCGCUCUAGAGAAUGUAUGAAUAUCAACCCAUUCGCUUCCUCCUAUCCCUCCCCACCGACUUCCAAGUCUUGCGGGUCUUUCUCCUUUCUUGGAGAAGACCUCUCGCUCCAGAUCUAUCAACAACAACUCGAUAUCGACCGUUUAAUUUCUCAACACUUGGAGAAGGUGAGAUCAGAAGUGGAGGAGAGGCGGAAGAGGCAAGCGAGGAGGAUAAUCGAAGCGAUUGAAGUGAGUGUGAUGAAGAAGCUAAAAGCGAAAGAGGAAGAGGUGGAGAAGAUGAGUAAAUUGAAUUUGGCAUUAGAGGAAAGAGUGAAGACUUUGAAUAUAGAGAAUGAGGUGUGGCGCGAUAUGGCGCAAACGAACGAAGCUGCUGUGAAUACCCUGAGAACCAACCUGGAACAAGUCCUGCGCCAAGCGAAGGAAGAUCGAAAGAACGGCGGAGUCGGAAAGCGAGAGGCAUUGGUGGAGGACGCGCAGUCAAGCUGCGGGAGCAACGAGGAGGAAGAGAAGGAGGAGGAAGAGGAAGAGGAAGUAGAAGGAAGGUGGCGCGUGGUGAAAUCCAAGACAGUGAAAAGGAAUAAUAAGGGGAGCAAUAGGAAAAAUGGCGGUGAAGAAAGGGGGAGCAGCAGCAGCAGCAGCAGCAGCAGCAAGGGCAGCAACAGGAUGUGCAGAAACUGCGGGAAAGAGGAAUCGAGUGUGCUGCUAUUGCCGUGCAGGCAUCUGUGCCUGUGUACUGUUUGUGGGUCAUCAGUCCACACAUGCCCCAUCUGUAAAUCCACAAAAAACGGUAGUGUACAUGUAAACAUGUGCUAGAUGAAAGGGGGUCGGUCUGGAACCGAACCGAACCGAACCGACCGAACCCCCCACACACAUCCUCUCCCCCACCUAAACGGCCUCUACUAACUAGAGUGUUUUCAUGAAAAGAAGAAAAAAAAAAUACACAUUUUGUUGAGAGGCUUUGUUUGUUCCACAGGAAAUACAUUAUUUUGGUGAAAAUUAGAG